GUAUUUUUCUGCUAUCUUAGCAGGCGUUGGACUUUGUGUAAAGUGCUCGGAACUCUUUCUGAAUAUUAUUCCUCUACUCAUUCAACAUAGAACAUCACGACAGUAGCUCCUGAAUAUUAAAAAAAUAAAUAAAACUACGAUGUACCGACACGACGUUUCCCACGAGUCAAGGAUCACGCAAGUCAUAGUGGAGAGUGAAUAUGAAACUCUUUGCGAAGAUGAGAACGGUUCCGAAGCUUAUUCUUUACCUAAUAAUCUUUCACGCGCGGAAGGCCUCGUGUUGGACUAUAAGCAGUUCUUGGCAGCUCGAAACAUACAACGCUUUGUCCGCGGCUGGCUGGUACGCAGCCACAUGUCAAAUAUAGACAGAUCGGCAAUUGUCAUUCAAAGAUGGUGGCGUGGCUUUAUGUGCAGAAGGAUGUACACAUCCCUUGUCGAGGAGAAAUUGCAGGAAGCUGUUAUGGCAUACUACAAUAAAUGCGCCCUUCGCAUUCAGACCCUCUUCCGGGGCUGGUGGUCCCGCAAACAUGUGUUCGAUUUGACUAAACUUAAGAUCAUGCAGCGCCUUCUGGCCGAGGAUCUCAUUCACGCGAUGGUCAAGUUACUGCACACCGACAAGGGAUCGCACAUGCUGCCGGGUGUCUACACGCUACGGAAUAACGAAAAAUGCCUUAAGUUCUCGGAACAGCUGCUAGUUACAUUUGGCUAUCGCUUCUACAAUGCCCAAGCCUGCUACAAGACUCUUUUGAAUUCCUCGUUAAUUUCGGAACAACGACAAGCUUUUCUGAAAGCCGAAAGAUAUACAUACGUUCCUUACAUGGGCUUCAAUUAUGGCGGCGUUUGUAAUCGUCGAGCUUCUUUCACCAAAUCGUUGAAAGCUAAGGAUGGUGAACUAUUCGACAUAAUUCAGACAUUUAUGUCCGGUCAUCGGGCGAUGGACCUGGGACACACUGGAAAGCGAGACCAAAUGAUUAAUUUAAUGUUAGAGGAAGCUCAAAAGAAAAAGUAUCGCGAUUUCAUCCAGAAGAGAAAGAGAUUCUUAAAGCAUAUCGUAGCAAGUAUGCAAAAGUGGAGUGGCGAUGGUGAAAAGAUUCUUCCGAAAGCACUAUUCAAAAAGCCCUAUAAUAUGGUAGCUCUCCUUGAAGCGGUCAAAGACAAUAUUGUGGAAAGGUACGGCCCGUUGGACCCUUGCAUUUGCGGACCAAGCCUAUCGAUUACUAGCAUCGACCGGAUUUAAGAAUCUCAUCUAAAAUUUGUAUAUUUCAUAUGCAUCAGUUAACUAUUUAUAUUGUAUAUGAUUUGGCGGUGAACCAUUAACAUUCAAAA